GGGGGAGCCUCGCGGGCCCGGGCCGGAGCCUCGGCGUGUGCAUCCCCGGCAGGGCCCGGGCUGCAGGAGCACAGAGCAGCCGGGCCUCGGAGAGCUCAGAGCGCGCCUGACCCGGGGCGCACCGUGGGACUCGGGCGCGGGGCUGGCGGAGAGCUGCCCCGCGGGGCUCACAGCAGCGGAGUGGCCUACAGGGGCCCUCCCCCGGAGGGGCCGGGCCGGGGCGGGGAGAUGAACGGUUUCAGCACCGAGGAGGACAGCCGCGAAGGGCCCCCUGCCGCCCCCGCCGCCGCCCCGGGCUACGGCCAGAGCUGCUGCCUCAUCGCGGACGGUGAGCGCUGCGUCCGGCCCGCGGGCAACGCCUCCUUCAGCAAGAGGGUGCAGAAGAGCAUCUCGCAGAAGAAACUCAAGCUGGACAUCGACAAGAGCGUAAGGCACCUGUACAUCUGCGACUUCCAUAAAAAUUUCAUCCAGAGCGUCCGGAAUAAACGGAAGAGGAAGACAAGUGAUGACGGCGGAGAUUCCCCCGAGCAUGACGCUGACAUUCCUGAGGUUGAUCUGUUCCAGCUGCAGGUGAACACUCUCCGACGCUACAAACGGCACUACAAGCUGCAGACCAGACCCGGCUUCAACAAGGCCCAGCUAGCAGAAACUGUGAGCCGACACUUCAGGAACAUCCCCGUGAAUGAGAAAGAAACGCUCGCCUACUUCAUCUACAUGGUGAAGAGUAACAGGAGCAGACUGGACCAGAAAUCGGAGGGCAGCAAGCAGCUGGAGUGAGGCACCGGCGGCCAGAGGAGGCGGAGGUCUUGGUGAGAGGACAGCGGUGCGAUGCUUGAUGACAGGUGGUGUCUGCACAUCUCAGCCCAUAAGGACUGUUCACGUCUACUGUAAAUAAAGUUUGAAUGAUGGAUACUGUAAA